AUGUUCUGCCUCCAAGAUCAAGACCCUCCACCUAAAAGCCUACAAUAUCGUUGUUCCAAGCUCAGUCCCUCGGUCAUUUCAAAGAGUCAUGUGCGUUGCCGCGACCCUAUUUCGGGUUUCUCGCUUGGAGCGCUCCAAAUCGGAACUUCACCACCGGCUCCCUCAGAAAUGCCAGAGACCAACCCAUUCCCUCUUCUACGUCUUCCUCCCGAACUUCGAAACUUAAUUUAUCAAUUUGCGCUCUCGGAACCAGGUAGUCUUCGAUACCACCACGACAAGCACCUAGUGACCCGUGCGAAGUUGUACGCCUCUCAAAACGCUGCCGACGAAUUCAAUCAACUGAAGUUUGUGUCUCGGCAGAUGUACAUGGAAACUGCGGGGUUGGAGUUGAGGUACAACGACCUGCACUUUCCUUUCGACCAAGAGCGCAGUCUCCACGGAGUGCAUAUGUUCCUCUCUUUCCGGGAUAUCUGCUCCCCUAUCCACCAAUCCUGGAUUCGAAGCGUUACUAUUGAGGAUGGCCCCCUGAAACAGUUCACAGCAUAUUUGUACAUGCAUUUCAUACACACAUUCGCAAAGUACAACCCAAAGGCAAUGGUGAGGAUCAUCUUCCGUUGGUUUCGCCUCAACUCGGACAACGAAAAUUUCAUCUGCCAUGGAAUCUUUCUCAAAAUGUUAGCACGCAAUGCCGAUAUCACAUAUCUCGUGCCAAGGAUCCGGGUAUACCUCCAAAUGGAUAUGGACGGAGUACUAGGACAGGCCCUAAUUCCAGCUUUCCGGAAGUCGCCGGCGAAUGUAAAAUUCUUCCCCCACGGAUCUUUUGAUGAGCACGAUUUCCGACACUCUAAAGAUGCCGGGGAGGUUGUGAUACAUCCUCAGGUUGAAGGCGGGAUAGAUACGUGGGUGAGCCAUGCGCGAGACUGGUUCGAAAACGGAAUUUGA